UCGUGAUCGGCGCGCGCGCUGGUCGGAUCAAUUAUCGUUUUCGCGUAUUUAACUUUUUUUCCCUACCAACCCACCGCCGCAGUCAUCGUCAGUUCUCAGUUCAGCUCUUCGCACCGAACGUCCGUCUUCGUCAGCGUGCACCGUCCGCGGUGAUUUUUUAGGUACAUUCACUUUUCGCGCCGCCGACGCAUACCCCCAUACAAACCGACACGUCGUUCAACUUUCGACGCGUUCCCCUCCGGGUCAUGCGAACAGCGUUCAAAGAAACUAGGAAAAAAAAUGUCCGAUUCUAGCCAACAAUAUGUCAGUGAACACUUCGGUCCAUUAAAGUUCCGCAGCUUCCGCCAUGCUUCUGCUUGGUAGACGCGAAAUGGAGCAAUAGUCGUGCUACCACAAAUCGCUUACUGAUACCAACAGACAGUGGACACCAACCAUCAGCUAACCCCUCGCCACCACACUGCAGCUAAAACUACACGUGCAUUAAAAUGGCUACUAAUAAUACAGAUACAACAACUGAAACUAUAGAAGUUAUCACGCAACGGGCUAUAACACAAUCAAAUCCGAUAUUUUUACAAACGACUGCUUGCCAAGUGAUCGCUGGGUUAUUUGUUUGGACAGCAGUAUUUGUUACAUGCCAACAGAUAUAUUAUCAUCUUCGGUGGAACACGAAUCCAGCCGAACAACGAUGGAUCAUCCGAAUAUUGUUUAUUGUACCUAUUUACGCAUUACACUCAUGGGUCAGUUUGUUGUUUUUCAACAACGAACACUACUACGUGUACUUCUUUACAAUUAGGGAUUGUUACGAAGCUUUCGUGAUAUACAAUUUUAUGAGUUUAUGUUAUGAAUAUUUGGGCGGUGAAGGGAACAUAAUGAGCGAAAUUCGUGGGAAACCCAUUCAGUCUAGCUGGCAAUAUGGAACUUGUUGUUUGACAGGACGUACUUAUACAAUCGGGUUCCUACGAUUUUGCAAGCAAGCAACACUACAAUUUUGUUUAGUAAAACCAGCAAUGGCUUUUGUUAUUAUAUUCCUACAAUAUGUUGGACAUUAUCAUGAUGGUGAUUGGAGUAUGAAUGGAGGAUACUUGUAUGUCACGGCCAUUUACAAUAUGUCCGUCAGCUUAGCACUUUAUGGACUGUUCCUGUUUUAUUUUGCUACUCGAGAUCUCCUAAUACCUUUUGAACCGGUCUUGAAAUUUUGUACCAUCAAGAGUGUGAUUUUCCUAUCAUUCUGGCAAGGUGUUUUACUGGCAGUUUUGGAAAAAGCUAAAUUCAUUGAUCCCGUCAUUGAUUCUAGUGGUCAACCCACAAGUGCUGGUACAGUAUCAGCAGGUUACCAAAACUUUUUAAUCUGCAUUGAGAUGCUGUUUGCUGCUUUAGCAUUAAGAGCUGCAUUCCCGUAUGAGAUAUACGCUAAUAACGCACAAACAGGAACUGGAAAUCCGACCAAUUCGCGAACUGUUACAAUGCAAAGUAUUUCUAGUAGUUUAAAGGAAACAAUGAAUCCAAAAGAUAUAAUGACGGAUGCCAUACAUAAUUUCCAUCCACAGUAUCAACAAUAUACACAAUAUAGUUCAGACGUUGGUUCCUCUCGGCCUUACGAAAAAUUAUAAGCAUGGACAGGUGUUUUAGUUGUAUUUUGCUCUCUUUGCGUUUUAUUUUUAACCAUUAUUUUUUUAUAUAUUUUUUUUUAUUUUAGUUAUUAUUUUUUAAAUUUUAUGUUCAUAAUCAUGUUUUAUUAGAUAGAUACUCAUGUACUCAUUAUUUUUCUUUUAUUUCAAAAGAGGUUUAUAUAAUUUUUAUGUUUGUAGUAUAUAAACUCCAAAACUGCUUGAUUUUUCUUUAUUGGGUUGAUGCAAUGUGAUUUUGUUAAAUGUAUUUAAAUAUUAUUAUUUUUUUAUGUUAUGAAGUACUUAACACUAUUUACAAAUGUCCCUCCUUUUGUGUAAUUUUUUUCUAAUUUGCUAAGUUGUAUAUUUUCAUUACUUAGAUAGCUCAUUUCCCUCCAUUAUUCUUACUAGUCAACAUUUUUCUCCAAAAUAGUAAGUAUAUUGUUUUAUUAUAUAAUAUACUAACAAAAACUUGUUAACAGUUAAUUUUUCUAUACAUUAAUUACCUUUAAGACAUCCAUUUUUAAGUUUGUGAUCUGUAUUUAAAAACAAACUAAAAGUUUACUUUUAAAUUAUUACUUAAGUGUACCUAUUAAAAGUAUUUACUUAAUUUAAUUUUAAUAUCUAUGUAACUAAAUAGAUAGGUAUUUAUAUUAAAUUAUGUAUAAUUUAAAUCAAUUUAAUCCGAUUAUUUAUAAUUUUAGAUUAGCACUAUAUUAUCACACUUGUAAUAAGUGUUUGGGGAACGAUCCUCGCAAACUUGUAUUUUAUAGUUAAUUAAAAUUAUUUGUACAAUUUAUAAUAAAUAAAAAAAUUUUCCAAAUUAAAAA